GGCUUCCCCUCUUCCAUCUCCCGCCCUUCCUCCUCUACCCCUAUCCUGGUUUCGAGAUUGCAAACGCAACGACAACAUCAGCUUGUUAAACUCGGCCAGAAUAACAACGGAAUUUUAACCUUCACCAAAUACAUUCUCUGUAGGAUGGAUCAGGGUCAGGAAAAAGAGCAGUCAUCACCAGUCGCGCGGUCAAACUGCACGCUUGAGCUUUUACCGACUGAGGUCCUGGUGGCGAUCCUGUCCUCGGCGCGAUCAACAGUCGACCUCCACGCCCUCAUCCACGCCUCACCCAGACUGUACCAGGUUUUUGUGUCAGCCAAGCGGGAGGUGCUACUUAGCAUCGUAGCCACAGACCUGGGCCAGGGGUUACGGGACGCCGUCGCGGUAUUGCUAAUUGCACCUACCAAGCUCGACUACCGAGAACCGACCUAUUUCGAAGAGUGCGAGCGCAUAAUCCACCGCUACGAGGAUCUCCCCCGCGGUUAUAGACAGCUAACAUCAGCGAGUGGGCUGACCAUUGACACCGUCAUCGCUCUCUCCCACCUCAACCGCACCGUGCAGUUCUUCGUCGAUGAUUAUGCGGAAUCCCGAUUCCCCGAGCUACACGCAAUCCACCCCGGCGCCGCCAACCCCCUAACCACCACCGAGCGUCGCCGCCUUGCCAAAGCCCUGCUCCGCCACCAACUCCUAGCACGCUUCGAAGGCGGCAGCCACCCACAAAUCCGAUACCUCGGCCCCGGCCAACCCCUCCCACCCAAAACCGUCAUGAUGCACAGGUUCCUCGCCCUCUUCCCCGCCUGGGAGACAGAGCAGCUCGCCCAAGCCCACGGCUACCUCAACGAACCCAUCUGGCGCGCCUUCCCCCGCCCUUGGUCACUCGGCUACGUAACCGAACCCGGCCAACCCAGAGACCCCUCCCGCGACCGGCGGCGCAACGCCGCCAUCUACGACCUGGACAUGCUGCGCCGCGCGCUGCUCGCGGAGCGCGAGCGCGAACGCACCCAGCCCUCGCCACUUUACCCGAAACCGACGCCGAGUCCGCCGGGGCAGGCCAAGCGCCUCUUGGCGCGCUUCCGCUUCCUCGACACGGGCCCGCUGCCGGUGAUGGACGGCGCCUCGUACCGCGUGCAGAGAGAGUUAUGGGACCUGCGCGACGAGUUGUACCGGAAGGAGGAGGGCUUGCCGCGACUGGUGGCUGGUAAUCAUGGCGGUGGUGACGUCGAGGAUGAGGCGGCGCCGCCGUUUGGGUGGGUUGAUGCGCACGGCGGGCUGGAUUGUCGGCGCUGGGGGGACCAGGUGUGGCGGGAAGCGUGGGGGGGUGGAGAGGAUGAGACUACGAGGCACCAGCGGGGGUGGGCAAGGAUGAAUAUGGAUCGGUGGCGGUGGCUGGGAUUUGUUUUCUGGGAUAGGGCCCGGGUUGAGCUGCUCACGACGCCUACGCCGACGGUGCCCGCCGACGGGCUGGGAUGGCUGGCGGCUGCUGCGUACGGGACGGGGUGGUUGGCGGCCGCGCCGCCGGCGGAUGAGGAGUUGCGGGAGCGCUACGACAGGGGGCGCUCGCCGCCGCGAAGGCUGCCGAGGCGGAGGGGAAACGCUGCUACGGGGUAGGACUGUUGAGUGACAGUCUUGAAUUGCUACGUUGCUACGGAUGGAGUAAUACUAUCUAUGAUUUGGCUAUCUGAAGCCACGCGGCACUUGAAGUCAGUCAAGCUGGCGACGUGUGUGCAAUGAUCCAGGUCCUUCCUCCC